UUUCCCCGGAAGGAAAGCGCAGCCCGCGCUGGGCGUGCAAGGUGGGGAGGUGCGGGGUUGGGCGUGGGGAGGCGGGGCGCGCGCCCGGGGCACCCCUCCCUCCCGUUCUCCUUGCGGUCGACCGGGUCUGCCUGCUCAGAUCCGCCGCCGAGCCGAGAUCGAAGGCGACAGCGCAGCCAAGGGGGCGCGGCCGGGACGAGCUGGGGGGCCGGGUGCCCGGGGUUGGGGAGCGGUGACCCAGCUACUGGGGAGACGGGAGAAUAGACCUGCGGACCUUGAAGGGGGAUCGGAGAGUGCAGACCCUGAGCAGAAGUGAAACUGACCGGGGCUGGGGAUCAGAAACUGAUCAGCUCUAGUGGGCGCAACGGCACAGCGGACUCGAGCGUCCUCCGAGGCUCCUGGAGCAGGUGAACAGGUCCUCGCUCCCCCUCGGCGUCCUCAAGAGCUCUUGCCCGGCCCCCGCUCCCGCUUGCAGCCAUGGGCCCCGGCCCCCGCCGCGCGCCCCGCGCCCCGCGCCGGAUGCUCUGUGCGCUCGCCUUGAUGGUGGCGGCCGGCGGUCGCAUCGCCUCCGCCUUCAACCUGGACACCCGAUUCCUGGUGGUGAAGGAGGCCGGGAACGCGGGCAGCCUCUUCGGCUACUCAGUCGCCCUCCAUCGGCAGACGGAGCGGCAGCAGCGCUACCUGCUCCUGGCUGGUGCCCCCCGGGACCUCGCUGUACCUGAUGGCUACACCAACCGAACUGGUGCUGUGUACCUGUGCCCACUCACUGCCCAGAAGGACGACUGUGAGCGGAUGGACAUCAUGGAGAAAAGUGACCCUGACCAUCACAUCAUCGAGGACAUGUGGCUUGGGGUGACUGUGGCCAGCCAGGGCCCUGCAGGCAGAGUCCUGGUCUGUGCCCACCGCUACACCCAGGUACUGUGGUCGGGGCCAGAGGAUCAGCGGCGUAUGGUGGGCAAGUGCUAUGUGCGGGGCAAUGACCUAGAGCUGGACCCCAGUGAUGACUGGCAGACCUACCACAAUGAAAUGUGCAACAGCAACACUGACUACCUGGAGACGGGCAUGUGCCAGCUGGGCACCAGCGGUGGCUUCACCAAGAGCACUGUGUACUUCGGCGCCCCUGGUGCCUACAACUGGAAAGGAAACAGCUACAUGAUUCAGCGGAAGGACUGGGAUUUAUCUGAGUAUAGUUACAAGGACCCAGAGGACCAAGGAAACCUCUACAUUGGGUACACAGUGCAGGUAGGCAGUGCCAUCCUGCACCCCACAGACAUCACUAUUGUGACGGGUGCCCCACGGCACCGACAUAUGGGCGCUGUCUUCUUGCUGAGCCAGGAGGCAGGUGGAGACCUACGGAGGAGGCAGGUGCUGGAGGGCACGCAGGUGGGCGCCUAUUUUGGCAGCGCCAUUGCCCUGGCAGACCUGAACAACGAUGGGUGGCAGGACCUCCUGGUGGGUGCCCCCUACUACUUCGAGCGAAAAGAGGAGGUAGGGGGCGCCAUCUAUGUCUUCAUGAACCAAGCAGGCACCUCCUUCCCUGCCCACCCCACCCUCCUUCUUCACGGCCCCAGUCGCUCUGCCUUCGGCUUCUCAGUGGCCAGCAUUGGUGACAUCAACCAGGAUGGAUUCCAGGACAUUGCUGUGGGAGCCCCAUUCGAGGGCUUGGGCAAAGUGUACAUCUACCACAGCAGCUCCAGGGGGCUCCUCAGAGAGCCCCAGCAGGUAAUCCACGGAGAGAAGCUGGGAUUGCCAGGCUUGGCCACCUUUGGCUACUCCCUGAGUGGGCAGAUGGACGUGGAUGAGAACUUCUACCCAGACCUGCUAGUGGGUAGCCUGUCGGACCGCAUUGUGCUGCUGCGGGCCCGGCCCGUCAUCAAUAUCCUCCACAGGACCUUGGUGGCCAAGCCAGCUGUGCUGGACCCCGCACUUUGCACAGCCACCUCCUGUGUGCAGGUGGAGCUGUGCUUUGCUUACAACCAGAGUGCCGGGAACCCCAACUACAGGCGAAACAUCACUCUGGCCUACACUCUGGAGGCUGACCGGGACCGCCGCCCGCCUCGGCUCCGCUUUGCCCGCAGCCAGUCAGCUGUCUUCCACGGCUUUUUCUCCAUGCCCGAGAAGCGCUGCCAGAAGCUGGAGCUGCUGCUUAUGGACAACGUCCGCGACAAACUCCGUCCCAUCAUCAUCUCCAUGAACUACUCUUUACCUGUGCGGAUGCCCGAGCGUCCCCGGCUGGGGCUGCGGUCCCUGGACGCCUACCCGGUCCUCAACCAGGCGCAGACUCUGGAGAACCACACUGAGGUCCAGUUCCAGAAGGAGUGCGGGCCGGACAACAGGUGCGACAGCAAUUUGCAGAUGCGUGCAGCCUUUAUGUCCGAGCAGCUGCAGCGGCUGAGCAGGCUCCAGUACAGCAGAGACAUCCGGAAACUGCUCCUGAGCAUCAAUGUGACCAAUGCCCGGAGUCCAGAGCGGGCUGGGGAAGACGCCCACGAGGCGCUGCUCACGCUGGCUGUCCCUCCCGCCCUGCUGCUGUCCUCAGUGCGCCCCUCAGGGACCUGCCAGGCUAACGAGACCAUCCUCUGCGAGCUGGGGAACCCCUUCAAACGGAAUCAGAGGAUGGAGCUGCUCAUUGCCUUCGAGGUCAUUGGGGUGACCCUGCACACAAAGGACCUUCAGGUGCAGCUGCAGCUGUCCACGUCAAGUCACCAGGACAACCUGCAGCCCAUGACCCUGACUCUGCUGGUUGACUACACUCUCCAGGCCUCGCUCGGCAUGGUGAAUCACCGGCUACAAACUUUCUUUGGAGGGACAGUGAUGGGUGAGGCUGGCAUGAAAACUGUGGAGGAUGUGGGAAGCCCCCUCAAGUAUGAAUUCCAGGUGGCCCCAAUGGGCGAGGGACUGGUGGCCCUGGGGACCCUGGUCCUAGGUCUGGAGUGGCCCUAUGAAGUCACCAAUGGCAAGUGGCUGCUGUACCCCACGGAGAUCACUGUCCACAGCAAUGGGUCCUGGCACUGCCAGCCACCUGGAGACCUUGUCAACCCUCUCAACCUCACUCUCUCUGAUCCUGGGGACAGGCUGCCAUCUCCACAGCGCAGGCGGCGACAGCUGGACCCAGGGGGAGGCCAGGGGCCCCCGCCUGUCACAUUGGCUGCUGCCAAAAAAGCCAAGUCUGAGACUCUGCUGACCUGUGCCACUGGCCGCGCCCGUUGUGUGUGGCUGGAGUGUCCCAUUCCUGAUGCUCCUAUUGUCACCAACGUGACCGUGAAGGCACGUGUAUGGAACAGCACCUUCAUUGAGGAUUACAGAGACUUUGAUCGAGUCAGGGUAGAUGGCUGGGCUACUCUGUUCCUCCGAACCAAUGUCUCCACCAUCAACAUGGAGAACAAGACCACGUGGUUCUCUGUGGACAUUGACUCUGACCUAGUGGAGGAGCUGCCAGCCGAGAUCGAGCUGUGGCUGGUGCUUGUGGCCGUGAGUGCAGGGCUGCUGCUGCUGGGGCUGAUCAUCCUCUUGCUGUGGAAGUGCGGCUUCUUCAAGCGAGCCCGCACUCGCGCCCUGUAUGAAGCUAAGAGGCAGAAGGCGGAGAUGAAGAGCCAGCCGUCAGAGACAGAGAGGCUGACCGACGACUACUGAGGGGGCAGCCCCCCGCCCCCGGCCCACCUGGUGUGACUUCUUUAAGCGCACCCACUAUUACCGGAUCAUGCCCAAGUACUACGCAGUUCGGAUCCGUGAGGAGGAGCGCUACCCACCUCCAGGGAGCAACCUGCCCACCAAGAAGCACUGGGUGACCAGCUGGCAGACUCGGGAUCGAUACUACUGAUAUCCUCUCUGAUCCUACCCCCCGCAUCCCCCAGUGCCCCCUCUUUUCCUAUUUAUCAUAAGUUAUGCCUCUGACAGUCCACAGGGGCUGCUGCCUUUGGCUGGCACCAGGAGGCUCAGGCACAUGCACCUCUUCAAGCACGUGCAUGUGCUGUCUGGCCACGGGCAUCUCCUGCAGGAGGGCUGGACCCAUGGACCUUGCAGUGCCGAGAACACUGCAGCCCUGUGCCCUGGACACACGUGGGGCCCACCGCUUGUGGGCUGUGCUUGUGCACCAUGGAUGGUGUGUGACAUGCCAUGUCUCAGCCUCUGCCUGUGCCAAAACCAAGCCAAAGGGCCUCCACCAGGGCCAGGAGGAAACGGCCCCCCAUGUGGUGACACCUCGCCCUUUCACACUGGAUCCAUCUUGAGCCAUAGUCACUGGAUUGACUUUGCUGUCAAGAGUAAAACUACUCAGAGGGAGCAGCUCACUGGGCCCCCAGCUGUGGCUCCCCAGCACCCACGCCAGACAGCUGGGGGUCCUGCCUAAGGUUGUCCAGGGGGUAUUUGUAUGACCUGGCACGCUUAGACUCAAGGGCAAAUGAACUAGAAAGAAGGUCCCCACAAUGGCUUUCUUUCAUGGAUCUCUGUGAAGCCUCUCUUCUUAGUGACAGACUGAACUAUCAGGGGGUGCAGCCUAGAGGAACAAAGACAGACAAUCUACUAGAUAGCCUGGACAUGCUGUGUUGGGACUGCCUUGGGAGCAUGACAGAAUCCUCCUGGGCCACACAGAUGUUGGAAGGAUACAGAGGAGAUACGACUUCUGACCCACCACUACCAUCCAACCUCAGAAGGGCCCGGAGAGACCCUACAAGACCAUGGAGGGAACGACGCUUGAAUGUAGAACAGGGAGGGGGGCCCUGGCCCUGCCCCAUCCAGCCAGACCCCACUUUGUCCCCCCCAAACCUCCCCCACUGUGACCAUGGGUGGGGGGCCUAGAGGUGGAGUUCUUGGUCUUCCUUGGCUUUCAGAGCCAGCCUGGCUUUGCUCCCUCCACCAUGGGCUGGGUCCUGACAUCCAUUGCAGAAGUUGAGGCUGGUUCCAGAAAACCUCUCUUGACCCCUGCCUGUUGGCAGACCCACUCCCCAACCCCUACCCCUUCCAUGGUACUGUAGCAGGGGAGCUCCUCCCCUCCUUGUGCCUUCUUUAUAUAUAGGCUUCUCACAGCGACCAAUAAACAGCUCCCAGUUUGUA